AUGGAGUACGGCACCAACUGCUCACUUGGGACGUGCUCCAGGCUCUCCUUCUUGCCCAUCAAUUGCACUUACUGCAAGGCGACCUUUUGCGAGGACCAUCACUUCCCAGAUCGACAUACCUGUGCGGCACCAUCAACCUUGGCUUCACGAGAAAGAAAUGCUGCCGCGUCGCCACGUAAAGCAUGCGAAGCGAAGGGCUGCGAUGCUUUCACGUUAGAAGUAGAUACUAGCUCGCGGACAAGUGUGGGGGGCUUUACUCACGCUGCUCCACGAUGCGAGCGUUGUAGAGGAUCCUUCUGUAUGGCACAUCGUUCGUUCGGUUCGCACGACUGCAAAGCCCCAGUCAUCUUGACGGAAGGGCAAAAGAAGAUACUGGCGGCCGAGGAGCGAAAACGAAAAGCCCAGGAGAUCCUGAAGAAGAAUUUCCCAGGCAGAGGUGCAGCUGCGAAACCCAAGCGGUAG